AUGACUCUUUCCGUAGCUGGCAAAUACGCCUUGAUCACUGGUGCGGGAUCAGGCAUCAACCUUGCCUUCGCCAAAUUGCUCCUCGAGCGCGGCUGCUCCGUCAUGAUGGGCGACCUCUCUCUCCGUCCCGGCGCAUCCUCCCUCUUGACCCAGUACCCUCAUUCACAGCAGCCGGACCGGCCCUCGGCCCUGUUCCAAUCUACCAACGUGGCCUCCUGGCCACAGCUCACGAGGCUCUGGGCUAAGGCCCUGGCCUCCUUCCCUCAGGUCGACAUCGUCGUCCCAGGAGCCGGGAUCUUCGAGCCCGCAUGGAGCUCGUUCUGGCAGCCACCAAGGACCGAGUCGAAUGCGCAGACCGAGUCCCGCGACAGCGCGGACGCAGAACCUGGUACCUAUGCCGUGCUGGAUGUGAAUCUGACGCAUCCGAUCCGGCUGAGCCAGCUCGCGAUCGGUUACUGGACGCAGCAGAGCCGGAACGGCUGCCUGGUGCAUGUCAGCAGCAUCGCGGGCCACGCAUGUGGGAUCGGGACGCCGCUGUACAUCACAAGCAAGCAUGGCCUGCACGGGUUCGUGCGGUGCCUCGGCGAUAUGCGAGACCGAAUGGGAAUCCGGUGCAGUGCCGUUGCGCCGGGGGCGGUCAUGACGCCUCUAUGGCUGGAGGAUCCUGGUAAGAAGCACCUGGCGCAGGGUGAGGGCGGAGAUCUGUUCAUCGAGCCCGAGGAGGUUGCGAGAGGCAUGCUGGAGCUCUGCGAGAACCCGGAGUACGGCAAUGGGACCAUCUUGGAGGUCACAAAGGGCGCGACGAGAGUCGUUCCCUUGUAUGAUGCCGACCCGCCGAGUGGGAAGGGGGCAAUAAUACCUAAGCUUGCUGACGAGGGCGAGAAGAUUUGGAAAAGGCUCAAGGAUCAGGGGUUGAAAGUGUAG